GGCUAAUCGUUAACCUUACCAAUGCUCAUGCUUAAAUAAUAAUAAAAUUUUGAUUGAUAUUGUCAGCUGUAAUUAAUUCCUAUAUUAAAGGCAGACCUUUUGAAGCAUUCAUAAAUAUGGAUAGUGAAUCUUCAUCGAAGAAAUUCCUGUUUCUUAGAAAACAAAAUGAAGUUAUUGAUAUUAAGCCAUAUGGAAACAGUGAUCAUGACAUAGAACAGGAAUAUAUCGCCCUGGAGAAAUUCUUACAUACUAUUGAGAACAAUAUUACUGAUACUAACCUACCUCUUGACAAAAUUUCAACUCUAGACUUAUCUCGAUGUAAUUUAGAAAAUUUGCCAGAUAGUUGUAAAGACCUCAAUGUAAAACAAUUAGUACUUGCUUACAAUAAUCUAUCCAGAGUACCUGUUUGUAUAUACAGCGGCAUGAAACAUAUAGAGCAUCUUGAUAUUGGUCAUAACAAGAUCGAACAAUUUUAUAUAGAUCCGGCUUGUUUGAAUGUGCUUAAAGUCCUUAAAAUCAACAACAAUUUAUUUAAAUCUCUGCCCCAAUUUAUCACUAAUUUUCAAUGUAUAGAGUUGGAGGAAAUUAAUUUUAGCUGCAAUAACUCCACCAGCUAUAAGUUUACUAAAAUGAGCUGUACGAAGGAUAAAAUGAAACUGAAGAAGGUGAAGUUUAAAAAUAGUUGUUUGUUGGACGCCGAUUAUGACUUCCUUAGAUGUUUUAAUUACAUCGAAUAUUUAGAUCUUAGCAAUAAGUAUAAAACUUUUGUUAACAAGUUGUACGAGACUGAUAAUCUUUUUGUAAACCUAAAGUGGAAGCAUUUGCAGGUAUUAAAGAUGAACAACUUAUCGAUAGGAAUGUUCCCCGAUGGGAUCUGCUGGGUUGAAACAUUAAGGGAACUCUACAUUAAUAACAAUAAUAUUUCAUGGUUACCCGAUGGCAUACAGUUUCUUGUUAACUUAAGAGUGUUGGAUAUUUCUAGUAAUUUGAUUGUAGCUAUUCCACAACAAGUAGAAAAGUUAGUUUCGUUAGAAGUUCUCUUAGCAUGUAGAAACAGUAUUGAGACUUUACUAGGUAAUAUGCCUGCAUUAAAAGUAUUAGAUCUAUAUGAUAAUUCUUUGGAUUCAUUCAAUUUAAAUUGUGAUAAAUUGGAAGAAUUGGAUCUGGAACUAAAUUAUUACAGCACUAAUGAAAUAGUAAACUAUGAAGAUAAAAAAAAUACUUUAAGAUCAUCUUUAAACCAGUUAAUUCGAGCAGAUGGUAUAAAAAUAUUGGAAAAAUAUCCAUCUAGUAGAUCUUCUUAUUGUAGUAGAAGUAGUUCUACUUCUACAAAUUACUCUUGUAAUGAUAUCAUUCCAACGGUAACCGUAUGUGACGAAACGGAGGAUUGGGAUUUGCCGGUUUCUUCCAAACCAAGAAAUCCGGACAUUGAUACUGCUGAUGAAGAAUGGACAGGUGAAGAAGACCAUUACCAUAAAAGUCGUUGCAAAGUGUAUCCAAAGGUUUAUGUUAAUGAUGAAGACUGGAUGUUUGAGGAUGCAGAAUAAAUUGCUAUGGUG